AUGCCUUCGGGGCUCCACGUAUUGUAUUCGCCUAAUCUUCCCCCUCACGAAAGUGGUCAGGACCAGAAAACUGCUGGUGUAGAUAUCGUUGCAGUUCACGGCUUAGCCGAAGAUUCAAGGAAAGCCUGGACGCAACGGGAACAAGGCGUCUUGUGGCUCAGAGAUCUCCUGCCACGAAGUAUCCAUAAUGCAAGGGUUCUUACUUUUGAUUAUAACUCUGAUCCUUUUCUAUUCACUGGAUCAGGUUUCAUGGACACAGUCCAAGGCCAUGCAACUACUCUGGUGGCAGAUUUGGAGGCUGAGCGGAGUUUGAUAAAUGCCUCUCAACGACCUCUCAUCUUUGUCUGCCAUGGGCUCGGAGGUAUCAUCGUCAAAAGUGCGCUUGUCCAUUCAGCGAGUCGGACUUCUCAUCAGACUUCUCACCUCAAUUCUGUAUAUGUUUCAACAUUCGCUAUUUUGCUCUUUGGAACGCCACAUGACCGCAUCGAUAUUGGAAAAUGGCUGGCUACAAGUCAGUCAGUAUUCACAACCUAUGAUCCCGGAGCAGUUGGCAAUAUGCGAGACGACAAUGCUAAACCAUCCAUCACUGUGCAUGCUUUGGAUGUCAUCACAAACCAAUUUGCUCCACUCAUGAAAAAGAUUCAUUUGUAUCUUUUCUGGGAGGGCCUAGCGACGCAUCUUGCAGACGGCGUUGAGUUCUUCGUUGAACCAUCAUCUGCUGCUCCCCACACGUAUGACACUGAACGAUGCGGAAUUAUGGACUCCAAUCACUCAGGCAUGGUUAAGUUUCACGAGUAUGAUUCUUCCUAUCGGACUGUCAUAUCUGCUCUGAAGAAAUAUUGCCAUGCAGCACCAGAGAUAAUUGCAUACCGAUGGAAAGAAGCAAUGGCAUACCUGACGCGCAUGAGGAAGAGUGAAGCUUCAGAGUUGACUGGUUUGUUCCUUGAUAUCCCGGACAAGACCCCGAUUUUUGGGGCAGAAAAGAAAGACACUGUCGAGGCUGUUUUGCAAAAUGAGCAUUUCUACCCCCCGUGCGCCGUUUCCCUUGAUUUUAUAGGGCAAGAUGACAUCAUUGGAGCCCUCCAAAAAGCUUUGGAGCCAGAACAAAACUUGUUGUCCAUGGUAAAACAAAAGCGAUUUGUUCUCCAUGGAAUCGGCGGCUCUGGAAAGACACAGAUAUCCGCGAAAUAUGCCCAGGAUAACAGGAAACACUAUUGGGCCGUAUUCACUAUCGAUGCGUCAUCCCACCGAACUGCAAAAGAGUCAUUCUGCAAGAUCGGAAAAAUUGGGGGACUCGAAGCCACUGAGGACUCUGGCAAACACCUCCUCUCUCAAGCUACAAAACCUUGGCUUCUCAUCAUCGACAACGCAGACAGCCCUGACUUGAGCUUCGAAAGGCUUAUAGUACCCGGGGAAAGAGGUCAUAUCCUGGUCACCACGAGAAACCCCAGCCUCCGAAGGCAAGGAAAUGUUGGAAAUGUGGAACUUAAGCGGCUCAAAGAACAAGAAGCUUUCCGGUUACUUAUGAAAGUUGCGGAUAUUACUCCCCCAUGGGAUCCACCUACUGAGAUGGCAGGUAAUGAGAUUACGAAAACCUUGGGCUAUCUAGCCCUCGCAGUCAUUCAAGCCGGAAACACCAUUUACAACAAAUUGUGCCAUUUAACAGAGUAUCUCAAGUUUUUCCAACGCCUCCUGGAGAAUCGCCGCGGAAAGAAAGACCGAUGUUCCACAGACGAUACUGAUACGCGUCAUGCCGAAUUCGAUGACAUAUUCACGGCUUUUGACUUUUCUUUUCAAAAGAUCGCAAUUCAAAAGACAGUUCCAAGCUAUGAUGCGAUUGAAAUUCUCAAUGUUGUUGGCUUUUAUCACUUCGAUUCAAUUCCAGUCGACAUCUUCGAAAGGGGUAUGAAUCUAGAGCGAGAGCAACUGCGCCAGUUGUCGGUCGUAUCGCUCCGAGCACAAUUCGUCAAUGCUUUCGUCGGUCGCUUGCGACAACCCCGCGCUCUUCCUAGGCUCCUGAAGCAAAGCAUCGAUGGCAUGCAUCCGCUGUGCAUCAGGGAAGCUCUCCGCAAGUUAUAUGCCUCUUCCUUGAUAACGUACGGAAAGGAUGAAAAAAGCUUCUCUUUGCAUCCUCUAGUUCAUGCGUGGGCAAAAGAUCGUAUCCCCUCCAAAGAGAGGAGUCUGUGGGCAGUGAUUGCUUUUAACACGCUUAUGGCAUCUAUUGAGAUCUCGUCACAGGGGACCGGAGAGGCUGACUCUAUCUUCCGAAGGAGUUUGAUUCCUCAUCUCAAUUCGUGUCUGGAAGCCUGUCCGACCGAAUUUAGAGAGUUUCGCAGUCUCAAGAUUGGGGCUGGCAAAUUUCGCCGUUUUAUGUUGCUUCUACAGCCGACUUUGGUGUUUACCCUUCGAGACAUGAUUCAAAAUGCCGCGAAGUGUGGAAUUCUCUACGCCCAGACAGGAGACUUCUCGAAGUCUGCCUACCAUCUCUCUCUCGCAAAGGAAUCGCUAGUCAAACUUGUUGGACUUGACGACGCUAGAACAAUGGCCGCCAGCCUCGGCCUCGCGGGUGUUCUCUGGGGGCUGGGGCGCUUGAGGGAAGCCAUUGACUUACAGCAGCAAGUUGUUCAAGCGCGACAAAAGGUUCUGGGAUUGGACCACCGCGAAACUUUGCAAGCUAUGGAUUCUCUUGGUAAAUCCUUCUGGCUCAAUGGACAAUACUGUGAGGCUCUUGAACUUCAGCAACAGACCGCGGAGAAAAUGCGUGUGCAUCUUGGUGAAGAAGACGACGACACAUUGAAUGCACUAGACCACUUGGGUGUCACGCUAGGGUCUUGGCGUAGGUUCGCAGAGAGCGCAGAUAUCCACCAGAAUGUGUUGACGCUUCGGAUGAAGGCCCUGCAAUCGGACGACUUGAGGGUCCUUGAAACGAAAAGCAAUCUGGCAAUGGCUCUCCUCGAUCUCAAACAGCUUCAUGACGCAAGACAGUUAAUGGAGGAUGUCUAUAAUAAUCGGAAGCUGCAGAUGGGCAAGGAACACCCUUACACACUUUUGGCUCUAUGUUAUCUUUCGAAGAUAUAUAUUGAACAGGGUGAAUUGCAUAGGGCUGAGGAAACUUUGGUUGAAGGAAUUGCCGCAGGAAGACGAAGCCUCGGUGAGGAUCAUCUUGGUGUGUUGGUGGGCUGUGGAGAACUCGCUCGGGCUUAUGCACGUCAAGGCCGUCUAGAUGAAGCAGAGAGACUGAGCCUUGAGACAGUCAGCAAGGUCAAGAUUUCUCGAGGCGAUGAGCACCCCGACUUUGCUUAUGGAAUGUGGAAAUUAGGGGAGCUGUGGGAGAAGAAAGAAGAGCAAGCGAAGGCAAUCAAUGCCUAUCGAACUGCGACAACCGCUAUUGAGAGAAGGCUAACAGCAAAGCAUCCGCUCUAUAAGAUCAUCUCUGAUCGCAUUAUGUGUCUGACAGAAAAUUCAGACAGCAAUGAGCCCGAAGAUGACCACGUUGCAAAUAGCUCUGCAGAAGCUGGCAAUGACGGGCUGGAGAUGAACCGUUUGCAACCUACGCAAACAUGGUAA